UUAGUAAAAAUUGUGAUAAAAGUGAAUUGUUUUUUAUGAAUUGUUCUUCGUAACGAAACCAUUCUCAAUGGUAUACAAGUAAAUGCAAACGCACGUCAAAGGUAAAUAAAUAAUGAACGCAUUAUACUAUCUGCAGUUUUAGUGUUGCUUUAGUGUUAAAUAAAUAAAUAAAUGAAGUUAAAAUAUUAACUUUUGCUGAUUAAGAAAUUUUAAAGAAUGAAACCUGAUAAUUUUGAAAAGAAUUCGCAAUGUGAAGUUAUGUUCUAAAACCUCUUUAAAUAAGGCGGGUUGACUUACAUGUGUAAGGCUUAUAAUCGUUCACAAUAGUGCCGUUAUAGUGUGUGAUGAUGUUGUCAUAUACAGAUAUAAACAAUUAAUUUUAUUCUUUACGAAUAUAUUUUUUCCUUUUGCUUCAGUCCGUUCCAACAAAUUUAUUAUAUCAAAGUUUUGUAAGGAGCUCUCUAAUUUUCUGAUCCUCUUUCGCCAACUUCUCAUGUUUUUGCAUAAUAUUGUACACUCUGGAUAUUUACUUAAUUUUAAAACCACUUUUACUACUUUACAAGAAAAAAGGGAAGAAAACCAAAAUAAAUAAUUUUGUAAAUAUAAUAACAUGAAAUAAAUACGAGGAAACAGAAAUAUCGAGCAAUAGUCGCAAAUCCACUUAUUUAUAAAGCGAAAAAAUUCAAAAUUUCUAUUGAAUAUAACGCGCGUUGAACAAUAAGAAGUAAAAUAGUGUAAAGUGAACAAUGUCCACGAAGAAAGAAUCUUUUCUAAUGAAGUAUGAGUAUGAAGAUAGCAGUAUUAAUAACACACUUUAUUACCCCGAAUAUAACGAAGAAGAUCAACAAAGUGACCAAAGUCAAGCGAAUGACAGUUUAGGUGUAUUAACGACUGUUAAAACCGUCGCCGGUGAUAAUGUAAAUAUAUAUUUAAGAACGGGUAACAAAAUACUCUUUUGCUCGGGUAAAUAUUUUUACAUAUCUCAUACGACCGCUAAUACUGACCAUCAAAAGGAAUAUACGGGUGUAGUAGGAGUCUGUCAUAAUUGCGGGGCCAAAAUCAAAGGUUCGCUUAAAGUCAGCUCCAAUUUCAUAUGUCACCUAAAAAGUAAACAUCCAGAUGUUUAUAAAGAAUUUUUAAAACAAAAAUCAGAAACCAGCGUUCCUCGUUGUGUAAGGAAAAGUGAAGGAACGCAUAGCAUACGCCAAGAAAAUGGACCGUAUCCUACGGAAACUACUUUAUUAACUAGUUCAACAAAAAGCGAAAAACAAGAUCAAUUUCACUAUAAAUUACUGGAUUUUUUAAUUGGAACUUGUCAACAAUUUUCUUUGGUGGAAUCAGCGUAUUUUAUUGACCUGCUGGCAUAUUGCAAUAUGCCAGUGCAACUAAAGCCAGCUGAGUAUUACAAGCAACUCGUGAAAGAUGCUUGCAUACUCAAAAAAAAUGCAUUGGCUAACUUUUUUACACAAACGCCCUGCUACUUAUGCUUAUCAGUGGACACAUGGUGUAUUAGUAAUUACGUGUAUACUGGUAUCGCUUGCCAUUGGAUAGAUGAGCUAUUUCAAAGGCAAUCAUCUAUGCUAAGCUGCAGACGCUCUAAUCAAUCUGACGAUCUUGAGAAAGACAUAAAUGAAACGAUACAAAAUAUUCAGCAAACUUUCGCCUUGAAAUCAGAAAAAAUAGUGACCAUUUUAUGUUAUAAUAUACGAAAUUGUGAGGACUUGUUUCGAAAACAUUGCUUAAAUGUGGAGUCAUUCAAAAGCGAAAACGUUGCAAAUGAUGUGAAAUUUUUGAGUUUGUCUCGACAUGACAGUAUGGAUGUUUUGAGUCUACAUAAAAUAUGGUGUGAUGACCUUGUAACAUUGCUUACCGAAGAGAAGCGCACGCUACAUGCAAAUGUUUGGGAAAAGUGCUGUUCCCUUUGGCAAUUCUCACAAGAUUUCAAGUAUCAUCACGACAUUCUGAACAUAUUAGAUGCUAAGCUUACACCUCCCUCUCUACUCAACUUAACUAGCGUAUAUAGUUCUCUGAAACAACUGUUAGGAUUUAAAAGUAAGCUUUCAUUGCUUUGCCAACUUUUCGGAAAAACGGAUUUAACUCUUACGGAAAUAGAAUAUAUAGAAGAAUUGGUUUUGAUCUACGAACCAUGGGCUUCAGCCUUUGAGUUUCUAAAUUUACCUCAAAAUCAAUACUAUGGUUGCUUUCUGCCCACAUUAGUAACAUUGAAAGUUAAGUUAAUUAAAUUGCAUAACAGUCAGCGUUUGCGUCUACUUCAAGAUUUGUUAUGGCAACUUAAAGAAAAAUUGCUGCAGCAAUUUAAACCGUAUUACGAAUUGAACGAAAGUAUUUACGAAGCAAUAUUAGCUGCGAUAUCUUACCCUCCUGUUAAAACGCGAUUUUUGAUGGGUUUACAAGACACUAGUGUAGGAUACAAUUUUCAAGUACGCUCUCUACUAUUGAGAUACGGCAGAGAUUAUCAUACUAAUCCGGAGAAUCCUACAGACUUAGCUAAAGCUGAUCUCCACCAACCAACUCUAUAUAGUUUAACCUCUGCAACGGAUUUCUUUGAUUUUGGUGAUAACGCGCAGUGCGUUGAUCCUGAUUUAAUGGUUCCUGUUACCUUAAAACUCGAGAUUGACUCGUAUUUGGCUGACAUGGAUUAUUCUUUAACUUCAUUGCAAAAAUAUCCAACAAUAAGACAUUUGUUUUUUCGUUUUAAUACUCCACUCCCUUCACCAGCCAUCAUUCAUCGUUCAUUUUCUCCAGCGGAGAUCCUAAAAAGCAGUAAAUUAUCCCCAUCGUUGGAUCAUGAGCAAUUUGAAGACGUGUACUUUUAUUGUCAUUAUUUUAUCAAUAAAUAAAUUUAUAACUAGGAGAACUCGCACUUGA